AAAAAAGAAGAAAAACACAAAGCAAAUCUCGUGUGUACCUGCAGCAGUCAGCUUGAGCUUUGAAUGAAUUGUGUCUUAUUAAUGUAGCACCAUUAAUUUUGUUGUGUUUUGACAAGUGGACCUCUUCUGAUGCUGUAAUGUUGCCAAGCUUGCCCACCAGCAUGUCUGUUUCCAUUAUUAUAAAGUGGGGUGGACAGGAGUACUCCAUUAGCACACUGUCUGAGGAGGACACCGUGUUGGAUCUGAAACAGUCCAUUAAAUCUCUCACAGGAGUUCUCCCAGAACGACAGAAGCUCCUGGGAUUGAAAGUGAAAGGUAAACCAGCAGAAGAUGAUGUCAAACUAGGUGACUUGAAGUUGAAGUCCAAUACCAAAAUUAUGAUGAUGGGCACCAGAGAAGAAAGUCUGGAAGAUGUAUUGGCGCCUCCACCAGAAAAUGAUGAUGUGGUCAAUGACUUUGACAUUGAAGAGGAAGUAACAGAGGUUGAAAACAGAGAGGAGAAUUUGGCCAAGAUAGCUCGUCGGGUGAAAGACUAUAAAGUUGAGGAGUUAAAUCCCCCAAGACCAGGAAAAAGACUGCUCGUUCUAGAUAUUGACUAUACGCUCUUUGGUGAGUCUUUAAAACCCAGAUACAUAUUUCUGAUUAUAUAUAUGUAGCUAUGAGUAAAUCCGUCUAGCCCAGGCAUUCUAAAAUUCAACUGGACCAUGGUACAUUUGACAGCAGUGUCACUGUUCUACCAUUUCUACAUUUUAAAGUCAGCAGUUUGUCAAAAUAAUAGAGCUGUACGGGCUGGACGAUAUGGAAAAAAAUUCAUAUCUCGAUUUUCAUGCCAGAUAUCUCGAUAUCGCUACAAUACGAUAUGACUACCUGUUCUUUUGCUAAGCACGACCUGCACAACAUGUCACUCUGGUUUACAUCGUCUCUUCUGAAUACAAAAUACUUCCAAAUUAUGGAAGAUGAUUUAUGUUUUGGCACCAAGUCAGAUUCUGCACUGCCACCGGCCGCAUUAUCUCCCGCACUCAUUUUCU